AUGCACGUCGAGUUGCCCACGUCGUCUGAGGGGCUGGUGGUUCUUCGCAACAGGGCCACGGGGGAGUACGUUGAGCUCGAGCCUGCGCACGGUGGUGCCGUUCGCCAGAUCGCCCUCCUCGACCACUCUUCAUCGCCCCCCACCCUCCUUCCACUACUCCAGAACGGCCCUGGUCUGCGCUUGACUUUCGGUGGGCAACGCCAACCCUCUCACACACGCAUGCACCAGAUUCCGUGGCCGAACAGGGUGAGGGAUGGCAAGUACAAGCUGGCGGACGGGAGAAGCUACGAGGGCCUGCCCAUCAACGAGCCCUUCCCGCGGCAUACCUCCCUCCACGGCCUCCUCUACGACAGGCCGAUGACCACCGCCUCCUACGAGGACGCCGCCGGCGACAGCACCGCGUCCGUCACCUUCGUCCACCACCUCGACGGCUCUGAUGCGGGCUAUCCGUUCAAGGUCAAGGUGGAACUGACCUACCGCCUCAUCAGCGCCCCUGGCAAGCAAACUCGAAUGGAAUGCGUACAACGAGGGCACGGAGGCGGCUCCGUUUCGACAGGCUGGCAUCCGUACAUCCGCCUGCCUGCCAAGAGCAUCGACACGCUGCGCAUGACCAUGGAAGCUGGGGAGACCUACAUAGUCGACGAGCAGAUGAUCCCGGUCGGGUCGGAGUCGUGGCCUGGAAUGGACGACGACCUGCUGGCUGGAAAGAAGUUCGACUCGGGCUUCCGGUUCGCCGAGCUUUCCCAAGAGUCCGGCGGCAUCCACCGCACUCUCCUCUGCGACCGUGAGGCCCGCGUCACUCUCGUCCUCUGGCAGGACCGCUCCUUCCCCUGUUUCCAGAUUUACACUCCCGACACACGUGAUAGCAUCGCCUUGGAGCCCAUGUCGCAUGCGACCAACGGCUUCAACACGAACGACUACAGCCUGCUCCAGCCCGGCGCCUCGACCCCGGGCUUCAAGGGCACCUACGGCGUCUACCUCCAGUAG